GGAUGAACCUGUAUGUCCUGUUCGGCCUCUCUGUGAUUUCCUGCCUGCCUUUAAUUCUGAAGCGAGUCGAGAAAUGAGAGUUUCUCAGUACAGAGGUCGACUGUGACGAGACGCCCUACUCAGACCGCUUCCUCAAACUUAAACUCAAAGACGCCGCCAUGACUUCUAAGAUGGUCGUCAGCCAGCCGGCUCCGGUGAUGCACUUGCAAAACUCUUCAAACUGGGGAUCUGGAGUAUGUGACUGCACUGAGAAUAUGAGAGACUGCUGCUGUGGUUUCUGGUGCUGCCCCUGCUUCGCCUGUAAGACCUCGGAGCGGUACGGGGAGCCGCUGUGUCUGCCUCUGCUGGAGAUAUUCAGCGGCUUCAUCCCGGCCAUCACCAUGUCCUUGAGGGUCUCCAUGAGGGCGCGCUACGGCAUCCAUGGCGACCUGUGCAACGACUGUCUGCUGUCGUCCUUCUGCACCUCCUGCGUCUGGUGCCAGAUGUCCAGAGAGAUCAGGAGGAGGAAGGUCAAUGUCGUCCUUGUGAACAGCAAUUAUAGCUGAUGGACGGACGUCUCCAAAGCUGCACUGCUUCCUGUUUAACCGUCACUUACACUCCAUACUCUCCUCAUUAUUGCUACAUUUUUAAAGUUACAACACAUCUUCAACUUUUCUUCACAUCAAACAUUUAUUGUCAAUCAAUCGCAGAGAAAAUAACUGAAUCAAGGGUUUCUACUUUAUUUUAAAAAAUAAACAGGAAAUUAAUGUAUUAAAAUCCAGUUUAUGUCUGUUUCUAAAUAUAUAUUAAUAUAUUCCCAAUAAAACUAUUCAAACUG